AUGACUGCAGUCGGCAUCGAGCGCGCGCUCACAACGCUGAGGCAGAAGUUUCGGCGGGUCUUCUUCACACCAGGUGACCACGACCUCCAGAUCCAUCAGACCGAGCACGCGCGGUAUCCGGAUUCGAUGGCAAAGUUCAUUGCCAUCAUCUCCUUAUGCGACGAUCUCGGUGUGGACAUAUGCCCAGCUCCCAUCUGGGACGGCCUGUUGGUGGUGCCAAUCCUGUCGUGGUACGACGUCGAGUAUGACGUGAACGACCCGUUUCCCGACCCGAACGUGCAGACCGACGCAGAAUGCAAGUGGCCCAUGGACGCAGACACACAGGCGGGACUGGGAGAAGGCGGGGCAGGAUGA